AUGAAUGCACUCAGCUCCAACAGUCACCAUGCCUCCGAAACCUUCUCUCUCGACGAUCCUGUGAAGCUUCUGCAGGACAGUUGCAUUCCCGCCGGUCCCACACGAUAUCUUGGCUUGUGCUUCGAAGACGGAAAUCUCGCUGUUGUCGCUGGGGAGUCUUACUUCCUCGUUCACAGAGCCCUGAUCGCUCGUCGGUCGCCGUCCCUGGAGAAACUGACCCAAGCUUCGCUUUCUGUGCCGUUGGCUUCGGGAAACUCGUGCAGUGAGACUAUCGAGGGGAGGCCGGUCCUGAGGCUGGAGGAUGUUGAGGGAGAUGUGGUGCUUUUAUUGAGGGCUUUCUACGAUGGACUCCCGUCUCUUUUGACCGGCCUCGAUAACUUCGAACGGAUUUCUACUUUGCUGAGGCUAUCCUCAAAGUAUGAGGUCGAGUGCUUGACAAAAGAACUUCUGGAGCUCUUGUCGAAGCGAUGGCCCAGUGAUAUGGUCGCCUGGGAUUCUAGAAAUAGCUCAGCGUUCGAUCCUAUUCUCGGCCCUUUAAACUCCAUGUAUGGUUUCCGAUUUAAUCGUCACUCAUCAAACCACUCAACUCUUUUCUUCAGUAUGCUCAUUAAUUUGGCUCGGCAGACGCAUCCUGUCGCAUUGAGUCUCUUGCCCGCCGCAUUCUACGAUCUGUCAACACAGUCCCCAAGCGUUGUCGCAGCAGGCCUUACAUAUCUAUAUGACGGCGUUCGGCAUCGCCUCUCACAGGAAGACCUCAUCGCACUCCUCGGUGGUCGCGAACACUGUUCUCGUUUCUUCUCCACCUUCAUCGUCAAUGAACUCCAAGGCCGGGCGGCCUCCCAAAACUGCCACAACCUCACUACUCUACACAAUGCAAAGAAGAAGGCUUGUCAGUUCGCGGUGGAGCUGGCGAUGGUGGAGUUGUUGAAGGAUUGUAAUGGGGUGGUCAAGGGAUUGACGACGGAUCCGUUGGCGGCAAUGGCGGAGGUGUUGGAGUUGAUCAAGAGGCCGGACUCGAGGAUGCAUGCGUGUCAGGCUUGCACGAAUGAGCUGGCGAGGGUUGUGCGGUUGGCGAGGACGGUGUUUUGGAGGAGUUUGCCUCAUUGGUUUGCAUUGGAGGUGCCGAACUGGAGAUGA